GAUGAGAAUUCAAACACGAGAUCUCUGCCAAGAGAGCCAAUCAGAGCAGAGCGCUAACAUCCUUGCGCAAACACAAGUUGGCGGCAGGUAUUUGUCCGUUGAACGUCGUGGAGGAAGGAGGGUCAAAUAGAGUGAUCCGUGAACACGUAGAUUUCAAUUCUUUGUGAAGCGGCCAGUGAUUCAAGAUCAUCUAAUAAUUUCAGGGACAUACAAGUUCGCAAACUGAGAUAUUAUUUAUAACUACCACCACUAGUAUAGUAAAAUCUCCUCAGAUUAAUUAAUAUGGCGCAGGCAGAAGCAUCUACUAGUAGUAGAAAUUUGUAAGAAACCGGAGGUGAGGAGGGAGAAUCAUUAAUAUGAGGAGACGAUUGCUUACGAGGAGAAAGAGAUUCCAUCGUGAAGAGAAGGGAAGGAAGACAAUCUCCGACUUUCGACCUAAUGAGCUGCCGAUGCCCGCUCACAGCGGAAGCACAUAUAAGGUUUAAAACGUAACAAAAAUAGUGAAGCAUCACACCUGAAGCUUCAUCGCUCUCCAAUAAAAUUCUUUUGUCUUCAGAAUGGAACUCUGCUCGUCCUGGGCCUGUUCCUAAGCGCUUUGGAGAAAGCGCAGGUACAAGGGAGAGAAGAAGAUGCCAACCAGUUGACGACUGUUACCACUGAGAGUACAUUUUCUGGUAACUAA